AUGGCGAUUAAGCUUCAUGGGAGCUGGAUGUCAACUGCCACACUUAGAGUUGGCACCACUCUGACUGAGAAGGGGCUCGAUUUCGAGUUCGUUCCAGUUGACAUCCGUGCCAAAGAACACAAGCAAGAGAAUUUCCUCCCCGUUAACGUUUUCCAAAUUGAGCUUAUCCUUGACCUGGACCGCACCCUACACGACCCAUCCCCACCGAUAGCUUCUACCAGUGCAGCGCUUCUCAUAUUUGUUUAUCAAAAGUGCAACAUUGUUUUGGAAGCCACAAAUUCAUUUCUUUCCAAUUGA